AUGCGGCACCCUUUCACUCUUCAAGAUAAACCCCCAAAAAAAAGAGUGAUGAGUGUGAACCUUAGUGGCUUUGUGGGAAAAGCCUUGCCUCACAUCCAGGAGGUUGCUGGUUCAAAUCCAGUCUGGGUUCUGCCUUGCUUGUGGUGGGUGAUGGAGAAGGUUGUAGAGGGAGUGAGACUCCAUAACCCCCUGUCGUCUUCCUCCUGGAGGCCCGGGGGGGCAGCCCGGGUUAUUUCCCCCCCCUUCUCAGGUAUCACCUCUGGCCUUCCUCCGCUGCCAGCGCACCUCGAGGCUCCGUCCAGGACCUCCUCGGAAGUGCUUCACUCCUAUCAAUCUCUCCUUUCCAAGUUCUCACUUGAAGUUACUGCUGCAAAAUCAUCAUUUUACAAAGGGAAACUGGAAGCAUCAGCAUGUGAUCCACGCAAGCUCUUCAACAUUUUCUCCUCCCUUCUCACCCCUCCUCCUCCCCCUGCACCCUGUUCUCUCACCCCUGAGGAUUUUGUCACCUUCUUUGAGGAGAAGGUUGAUAGAAUCCCCCAGUCUUUUCCCUCUGUCCCUACACCUUCCACUAGACCGCAUCAUCUCAUUCUCGAUCCCUUAGACUGUUUCUCUUCUCUUUCCACAGAUGCUGUCCUUCAACUGAUCAAGUCCAGUAACCCAACCACAUGCCCACUGGAUCCAAUCCCAUCUGCUUUGUUUCAGUCAAUCUCUGAGGACCUAUUGCCCUUCAUCACAUUUCUCAUCAACGAGUCUUUGACGUCGGGUGAAGUUCCAGCAACUUUCAAGAUGGCAAGUGUACUCCCCAUCUUGAAGAAACCCACGCUUGACAGCUCUGAUGUCAACAACUACAGACCGAACCAGCUCCAAGACCCCAACCAGUCUGGCUUCAAACCAGCACACUCUACAGAAACUGCCCUCGUCGCAGUGACUGAGAACCUCCAAUCUGCAAGAUCGGCCAAAUUGUCUUCUGUCCUGAUCCUUCUUGAUCUCUCAGCAGCUUUUGACACAGUCAAUCAUACGAUCCUUCUGGACACCCUCACCAACCUCGGAAUCACUGGUUAUGCAUGGAAAUGGUUCAAGUCCUACCUGGAGGAUCGCUCUUAUCAGGUUUCCAGUCGCAUCUCGGCAUGCCUGUCUGUGGAUCCCACCGAGGCCGCAGUCAGCCGAGGGAUUAAAUUAAAGCGGCUAAUUCAGUUUAAUAAGAUUUCCCUGCAGCUCUGCGCUCGAGCCGCUGUUUGUAUUCCAGAGGGUCUCUGGGGAGGAGAGCAGGGACCCCGCUGA